GACCCGAACGAGCAUCCCUUCAAUCCUCUGAUUCCUGCGCCUUAGAAGAAGGUCGUCGAGCAACACUUGAAGGAACUUGGUGGCUGUGUACCCCUGGCUUAGAGCGAAGCCUUGACGCCGUUGAACAGCUUCUUCUCCACGGUUAGAGGUGUCUAAUGGCUGAGAAUGAAUCUUCUGGAGCAUCUAAUUCAAUGGCAUCUUCAGAUAAUUCAUUGAAGCAUAAUUCAAGUGAUGUGGGGUGGGAGUUUGCGGUAUUGGCGGAUCCUACUAAUCCGGAUAAGUUAAAGUGUAAGUUUUGCAUGAAAGUGGUUAGUGGUGGAAUAUGUAGAAUGAAGCAACACAUAGCUAAUAUCAAGGGAAAUAUAUCCUCAUGUUCAAUGUGUACGGAGGAGGCUAAAGCCAAAUGCAAAGCGGCAAUAAAAGAAGCAAAAAAACAAGAAACAAAAUAAAACUAGACAUGAGUUGGAGAAAAGAGAAGAAGUUUACAUUACUCCGAUUGAUGAAGAAGACUAUGAAGAUGUUGAAGUUGGAGGGUCAAUGAAAAGGCCACGCAUUCGUGGGCCGAUGGAUAGAUUUACAUCGUCUAUUAAUCACCAAGCUUCAUUGGGUGUGUAUAUGCGGCAACAAAAUAUUCAAGAUGCCGUUGAUAAGAAUAGAAGACAUGAUGUGGAUCGAUUUUUGGCAAGAUGGAUCAAUGAGUCGGGUAUUCCUUUCAAUGCUAUUGAUAAGGAUAGUUUUAUACAAUUUGUGGAGGCGGUUGGAAUUUAUGGGAAGGGUUAUCGACCUCCAAGCCAAUAUGAAUUAAAGGAGCCACUAUUGAAGGAAGAAGUCGAGAGAACUAAAGGUAUUAUUAGGGACCAUGAAAAAGAGUGGGAAAACAAUGGUUGCUCAAUCAUGACCGAUGCUUGGUCGGAUCGAAAAAGGAGAAGUAUUAUGAAUCUCUGUGUCAAUUCUAACAAAGGCACAAUUUUCCUUUCUUCCAAGGAAGAUUCCGAAGAAGCACACACCAGGCCAUAUAUCUAUCACUAUGUCGACAAGUGCAUUAAAGAAGUUGGAGCACAUAGAGUAGUUCAAGUGGUCACGGACAAUGCGUCUAACAAUAUGGUGGCGGCAACAACAUUGGAAGAUAAGAAAAGGCCAUCUACAUUUUGGACUUCAUGUGCCACACACACAUUAAACCUCAUGCUUCAUGGAAUAGGAAACCUACCUAAGUUUAAAGGAGUGAUUGAGAAGGCAAAGUCAUGUACUAUCUUCAUCUAUGCACAUCACAAAACAUUAGCAUUGAUGAGAAAGUAUACAAAGAAAAGAGACAUAGUAAGGCCGAGAGUCACAAGAUUUGCAACUUCUUUUCUAUCGUUGCAAAGUUUAAUGGAGAAGAAAAGUGAGUUGAGAACUAUGUUUGCUAGUAGUGAUUGGGAUAAGUGUAAGCAUUCCCAAUCAACAAAAGUGAGAGCAACUUAUUCAACCAUUAUGAAUGUGGGUUUUUGGAAUGGAGUAGGAUUGUGCUUAAAGGUAUUUGCUCCUUUAGUUAGGGUGCUUCGCCUUAUUGAUGGGGAUAAAAAACCAUCAAUGGAAUUUUUGUAUGGAGAGCUUCUUCACGCUAAGGAAGAGAUUAAAGGAGCAUUGAAGAAUCAAGAGACCCUCUAUCGAGAAGUCCUAGAAAUUAUUGAAACUAAUGCUCGUGAUAGACUUGAUCGUCCAUUACAUUUGACGGCAUACAUCUUGAAUCAUUAUUACUCCUAUAAAGAGGAAAUGAUACAAAAGCAAUUCGCUUGUCAUGGAUGGGCUACUUGAAUGUGUUGAGAAAAUUUUCCCCGAUUUUGAUGCUCAAAAUGUGGUGUUGAAUGAUGAAUUGUUGAAGUAUAAGAAUAAAGAAGGUAGCUUUGGGAGACCGGCGGCCAAGAUGGGAUGCACUAAAACCAUUGACACUUUUGAUCCGGGUAUGCAUAUUUACAAUUCUUUAUUUUCUUUAGCUCUAAUUGAUAUAUUUUUUCUAAUAUUGUUCAAUUAGUGCUUUCUUAGUUGGUUGGUGGGGCACUUAUGGAAAUGGUGUACCAAAUUUGCAAAGAAUGGCAAGAAGGAUCCUCUCAUUAACAUCAAGUCCAUCCGGGUGUGAGAGAAAUUGGAGCACAUUUGAGGGGAUACAAACAAAGAAAAGGAAUAGACUAGAUGCAACAAGGUUAAAUAAUCUAGUCUAUGUCCAAUUCAAUUCCAAGAUUAAGGAGAAGAGGGAAAAGGUAAUGAAGAUGGGAAGAGAUGCACUUCUUGCUAAUGAUGCUAGUAAGGCUCAAGGAUGGAUUGUAGAGGGUGGUGAUGAAGAUGUUGAGGAAGAGGGAAUGGUUGGAGAAAUGGAUAGCAGUAGAGGAAGUAAUAUGAAUUUUCAAGUAAGAGAACUUCAUGAAGAAGAUUUUGUUUCGGAUGAGGAAGAAGAUGAAGAAGAGGUUGAGUUUGAGCCGGACAUGGAAGGAGUCUUGGAGGGCUUUCAAGAAGAGAUAGAUGCCUAAGUUUUAUAUGUAUGUUUUUAUGAUAAGUUUUUGUUUCAGAGUUGUUUGGAUUCUGUAAUCUCUUGUAUUAUUAUUUGAUUGUUAUGCA